AAUGGCUGAUACAUAAACUCCUCAAGACAUUAGUUAAGUGAUUCCUAUUAAUCCUUAAAUUUAAGUACCCAAUGUGGUAUAGAAUCAAUUAUAGAUACCUAACCAAAUACCAUAGUUGUAAUAGCCUCAAUAAUAAACAUUUGUUGUAUAUGCCCCUUAGAUGUAUUAACCAAGACCAUAAUUUAAUCUAAAUCAAGUUCAACCAAUUUAGUACCCUUAAUUUCAACAUCCUCAACACUUAAUUCCACCUUAAUAAUAAUUAUACUUACAAUAUCAAUAAUAACCUCAAAUUAUGUAGCCAUUACUUCCAAUCCAAAAGUAAGAAGAAGUAUUAAAGCAUGAUUCCUUAAGAUUGGCUGGAAAAUUGGAAAAAAGGUUCUUUAACUUAUAAGUUCUUUCCUUUUUCCUCCUUUUUUAAGCCUUUCCUUUAAUUUUGUGUUGUAGUUCUUAUCGCAAUGGUUUUAUUGAAUUUUAGUAUGACUUAUAUGGUAGUUUCAAAGUUCCAUUUUACAUCUUCACAGUGAUCAUGGGACUUUCACUUUUGUACUCAUUCACAGCUUCAAAGAAAUUAAAAAAUAAUUAAACUAGCACAAUAUUGUGUAUUGUUUAUGGAUUAGCAUAUGGUUUUUUUAUAUAGGCUUUGUAUUCUUCUACCUAUUAUAAAUUUUCAUAUUAUCAAAGUAGUAACUAUAACUACUAUUUGGAAUCAAAUGGUGGUGAUGUUAUUGUUAUAAUAGUGUUCAGCUUUAUCAAUUUAGAAGUUUUAUCACUAUUUUCAUAUGCAAUGCAAGAAUUAGAUCAAUUAAGUUUUAAAAGUAAAUGUAUAAUUCUUACAAUUAGAUUCCUUCUGGUAUAUCAUUAUACCAUCAAUUACUUAUGGUGGAAUACUAUUUUCUCUUUAUGACAAAUACGUUAUAUUAUGUGGAAUCAUAUGUGCAUCAAUCGGAUUUGGGUUUUAUUUAUAAUUAAUUUUGUCUAGAAUGAUUCAUUCACCAAAGGUAUUCUUGAAUUUCAUUAUAAUUAUAGUUUAAUUUGAGAUCUGAUGAUGGCAAAUAUGCAGCUGUUUUAUUAAGUUUCUUAAUUUUAGUACCAUUCUUUGAUAUCGGUUUGAAUAAAAGUGAUGAAAUGGUUUAAUAAUCAUAAAGCCAGAACUCUUAGUAAAAUAAUGCACAAUGAG